GCUUUCAAUGACUAUGUGUUGGAAUGUCGAACUAGCCAAAGGGAUUGAGUUUCCUGCUGGGGUGAAGGCUGCUCUUGUUUCUUCUCCCUCCCCGGCGAGCGUUUCACUUGCGUAAUAACUCACGAAGAUGAAGGUGGUAAUAUUUGGUGCAACGGGGAACACGGGUCUUUGCUGCACCCGAGCUGCAGUCAAACUUGGGUACAAGGUUACAACUUUUGUAAGGGACCCAGCACGCCUACCUGAAGAGCUCUCCUCACAGGUGACAAUUAAGGCUGGUGAUGUCUUGGAUUCUAAGGCAGUGGAUGAAGCUGUUGAGAAUCAGGAUGCUGUUGUCAUUCUUCUUGGAACAAGGAAUGACUUGAGCCCAACAACAAUGAUGUCUGACGGAACAAAGAAUAUCCUUGCUGCAAUGAAAAAACAUGGAGUGAAACGGGUUUCAGCAUGCCUUUCUGCCUUCAACUUCCGGGAAAAAGCUGCAGUUCCAGAGAGAUUUUAUCACCUUCUGGAGGACCACGAAAGGAUUCUGGAGGCUCUUAAAGCAAGUAACCUUGAGUGGGUUGCAGUGUUGCCUCCACACAUAACUGAUGAUGAAGCACGUGGAGACUUUGUUGUACAACAUGGCUCAAGUCCAGGUCACAGGGUUUCGAAGAAUGAUCUUGGCCACUUCAUGGUGUCUUGUUUGUCAUCAGAUGAACAUCUCUACAAACAAUGCGGCAUUUGUGAUAAGCCUCAGUCUUAACUGCUGUCAGUUCUGAAGACACAGCUUAACAUAUUUUUAGUAUGACCUUACUGCCAUGUCACACUUGCUAAUAUAAAGAUGGUAGUGAAUUAGUACCAAAGCACAGAUUUUUGCAGAAAUGUAACAAUGGUUUUUGUUUUAAGACAAUACUGAAUUAUACAUUAGAAACAUAAAUGAGUAGGGAAUAAAAAGAUAUAUACAUAUUUUAGUAGUAAUAAAGCCCUAACCUAGUCUAAAAUAAAUAUGUAUUUCAUUUGGUAUACAUUACUCAUUUUGUUUUCAGGGAUUGGAAAUUAUGUUCUUGGCCAUGAAACAUGACAAUAUAAUUUAAUAAGAGGUUCAGGUCAAUAACAAAGGAUACACAUUUUUUCUUUAUUGUUGUCUACGUGACACAAGAUGCAGAACCUACAACAUAGGGAUACUUUGAAAGACAGAUGCACAGAAACAAAAAGUAUCCAUUUCCUGAAUAUACUGACAAAUUAUGCUCGGCAAAUUUCAAAUGCUACUCGAAGCUUACUGAUUAUUCAAAUACAAGUUUUCCUACCAUAAGCUGGUGAUUUGCCACUAUAAUAAAAUAAGUCUAUAAGCUGAAUUGUCUUCAAUAACCUUAAAAACUCCCAACUAUCAUGCUACGGGUAAAUACCUACAACAAAUAUAUUGUGCUUCCGCACAAUUUUUUUGUAAUGCUUUUUAAUACUGCCAACUUUUAGUCACGAGAAAUCACUUUAAAAUAAGCAUUACUUAUGGUUUGCUGGUGGCAAGACAUGAACUCACAAAAUACACAAAACAACCUAUUUAGAACCACCUGCUGUUUUGACGACAUAUUUGCAGUUCAAUGAAACGCUAAGUUAAUGUCAGUAAUCAUACUUUUUUUAUACGUUAACAGGAAAGGGAAAAGGAAUCACCUGAAACUUAUCCUAAUCUAAAAAUAAACUUCAUACAUUUAGUGGCAGGGAAAUUUUACUCAAUGAAGAAAUAUUUCAGAAAAUACUUAAAAUUUAUGUUAAGUAAACUGUAACCACAUCCAAUAGAGGAAACAUUGCUGUAUCUUAAAACAAUGCCUUGGUAACAGAAUUAAAUGAUGAAUAGCUAUAUAAUUAUUCUUAGUGCUUUGUAUGUCGGCAUAUGCAUGCAUUUUACAAGGAGAAUUGAAGAAUAUUUUAAUAUUUACUUACGAGCAUGUAUAUAUACACACAAUAUAUGUACAUGUAUAUAUAUAUACAUA